AGGUGGUGGUAUAUCCACCUUUCAGUUGGUUGCAAUUCGACAAUACACAGUUAAAGAAGAAGAAGAAGUGGUUAGCAAGAGAAAGAUAUCUGGCUAGCGUUGGACAUAUCGGUAACACCUGAAGUUGAUCAAUCAUGUCAGUGAAAUCGUGUUGUAUUUACAGUACGGGAGUGAUUUCUAUUCUAACUUUAAUAGCAGGCAUAGUUCUGGUGCUUUCGCAGGUGUUUCAAAAUAUCCUCAACGCGAAGAUCAAAAAGGAGAUUGUGCUCAGGAAUGGCACACAUGCAUUUGAUGUGUGGGAAAACCCACCUCCUCCAGUCUACAUGCAGUUCUACUUCUUUAAUGUGACCAACCCGGCAGAGGUACUGAAGGGAGAGCGGCCUGCUGUUCUCGAGGUCGGACCUUACACGUACAGGGAGUUUCGUCCAAUGGAGCGAGUGAAUUUCCUGGAGAAUGGAACCAAAGUGUCAGCUGUCAACACUAAGACCUAUGUGUUUCAGUCUGACAUGUCUAAAGGACCAGAGAGUGACCUGAUCAGAACAGUUAACAUCCCAGCUAUGACGGUGAUGGAAAAAUUCAAGGAUACGUCAGUUAUUGCCAAUCUCAUCUCAUCUUACAUGAAGUCGGUGAAUGAAGGCCUGUUCACUACACACACUGUGGGAGAACUGCUUUGGGGCUAUGAGGAUGGCCUUCUCAAAGCUAUGAAAGUAGUGGACCCUACAUUAGAUGAUGUGUUUGGACUCUUCUACAAGCAAAAUGCUACAGAUGACGGAGAGUAUGUGUUUCUGACCGGUCAGCAGAGUUAUAAGGACUUUGCCGUUAUAGAUCAGUGGAAAGGUCAAAGCUCUCUGAAAUGGUGGACCACAGAUGAGUGUAACAUGAUCAAUGGGACCAAUGGGGCCUCCUUUCAUCCAAUCAUCACCAAGAACGAGACUCUCUACAUGUUUUCCUCUGAUCUCUGCAGAUCUAUCUAUGCCAUCUAUGAGGAGGAGAGUAGUGUGAUGGGUGUCCCAGGCUACAGGUUCUCUCCACCCAGCAAGGUAUUUGCCAACACAACAGAGAACGCUGGUUUCUGUACCCCACCAGGGAACUGUCUGGGCUCUGGCGUGCUCCAAGUCAGUGCCUGCAAACAAGAUGCUCCGAUCGUCAUGUCUUCUCCACACUUCUACCAGGCAGAUGAGAAGUUUGUCAAAGACAUCUUCGGGAUGAAACCAAACAAGGAGCAACACGAAACCAUCAUAGAUAUCAACCCGCUUACAGGCAUCGUACUUCAGGCUGCUAAGAGACUUCAAGUGAAUGUGUUCGUGGAGAAGAUUCCUGUGUUUAGCCAAACAGGUGAUAUCAGGACUCUGGUGUUUCCUGUACUCUAUCUCAAUGAGAGUGUUGUGAUCGAUGAGGUAUCGGCCAAACAGCUGCAGGUGAUCGUGGCGGAGGGCAACAUAGUGGUCAACAUACCCUUUAUGCUGAUUGGCUUAGGCAUCCUCCUGGGCGUGAUCUUCAUGGUGGCCCAGUGUCGUCAACGGAUCCCAGAGAGCUCUUCUGCCGAACGCCAGCCCCUUCUGAAGUCCUAGUCCCACAAGAAGUAGAAUUCGCUCCACCGGAUAUAGUGGUAUCCUGGGAGGACAGGAUUAGGAUUGCCAUCCAUGUUUUUGUUAACAAUAUCAAGGGUUCUGACUGUGUACUAUCUCCACUUUACCAGAUUGAAUCAGCUUCUACCCUGUAACCAUAACCUCACUAUUGACUCUACUGUAAGGCUAGAUCAGGAACCGGAUUGAGAAUGUUUUUUAAUCUUUGAAAAUGAAUAGUUAAAAUUAUUUCUAAAGUCUGACAUUUUAAUCUGUUUUUUAUUUUUAUCCAAAAUUGUGUUGUUUUUUUUUUACAUGAAUUACACGGAAGCUGACUGUACAUUUUAUUUAAUAUUUUUUCUUGCUUUUAAAUGUUGUGUUUUAGGGUCAUCCAGAGAGAUGGAACACUGAUAGUAGGGAAUGGGAGAGGAUAGAAGCUCGGGCAGAUUGCCAAGAUCAUGUCAGCCAUUGAGAGGCUGUUGAAAAGAAUUGCAAUAUUAUUAUAAUCUAUCACUGUCAUUAUUAGGGUUCGGAAUGUUGUAAAACUUCAAUUAAUAGCCUGGGUGUUUAUUUGCUUAAAUCACUUAACACAACAGAUGUAUAUUAGAGACAGGCUUCUAUUUGAGCCAGGCGUCUAUUUCCUUAAUGCACACAACUUUUUGUUAAUUUCCAUAGUUAAUUGUUUAAUUCCAGCAUUCACUUCCAGCAUUCUAAUCAUUUACAUACUGUCAAGUUUAUUUUCUGUUAGUAUGCCUUUUAUUUAGAGAAAAAAAAUGUUUCCUUGACAGAAUAAUGAUUCUCUUCUUUGACUGUGCAUUUUCGGAAGAUCUUACUUUCACCACUAACUAGAGGGCGAUCUGACCGGGGCUCUGUACUCCCGAAGUUGUUGACUGUUUUUGUGCUAGCCAGUUAGUUAGCAGUUCUCAGCUGUUAGCAGCCAAAUGCUAGAGGUUUCUUUUAAUGACGAUUAAAGACGGAUGAUUGCUAUAAUUUGAGUCGUUACCGAAUUGUUUAAUGUAACAAGUCAAACCUCGUAAACAAUUCAUGUCAACCUCGUAAAAUAAUUCAUUUAUAGCCCAGCCGUUUAUUUGAAAUGGCCGUUUAUUUGCUGAAAUAUGUGCCGUCGCCUGGCUAUUAAAAGGGACAGGUGGCUAUAUGAGACUUUUAAUUGAAGAUUUACAGUGUAUCAAAACAUCCCCCAAUUGGACUGCUGGCGUCAGCGCAGGGAAGUUAUUCUUAUAUUACACACCCCGGUGACAUUGUCACUUAUAUAUGUUUUUAUACUGCUUGUCAGCCUAUGAGGAAUGAUCUGUCUGGUCGGCCUAUGAGAAAUGAUCUGUCUGGUCGGCCUAUGAGAAAUGAUCUGUCUGGUCGGCCUAUGAGGAAUGAUCUGUCUGGUCGGCCUAUGAGGAAUGAUCUGUCUGGUCGGCCUAUGAGGAAUGAUCUGUCUGGUCGGCCUAUGAGGAAUGAUCUGUCUGGUCGGCCUAUGAGGAAUGAUCUGUCUGGUCGGCCUAUGAGGAAUGAUCUGUCUGGUCGGCCUAUGAGGAAUGAUCUGUCUGGUCGGCCUAUGAGGAAUGAUCUGUCUGGUCGGCCUAUGAGGAAUGAUCUGUCUGGUCGGCCUAUGAGGAAUGAUCUGGUCGGCCUAUGAGGAAUGAUCUGGUCGGCCUAUGAGGAAUGAUCUGUCUGGUCGGCCUAUGAGGAAUGAUCUGUCUGGUCGGCCUAAGAGGAAUGAUCUGUCCGGUUUGUGUGAAAUAAGAGCUACAGGGUAGGGGUCAAUUCCAUUUAAAUUCAGGUGGUUAACUUAUUUUUUUUUAUUUAUCCUGGGUUGACUGAAUUGAAAUGGAAUUUUCACCACUUCUGAUUAUAACUACAUACCUACAUACGUAUAGGGGGAUGUUAUCAACAUUUUAUCAAACAUCAGUGAAUCUGUACAUACAUUAGGACAUGUAUUUAGUCAGCAGGCAUUAGAAUCCACUGUUAAAUAUAUCAUUGCUAAUUGAUACCGUGUCAAAACAGUACUAAGUAAGAGUGUAGACGCAUGAGAAAAUACUGGACAACAAUGUUCUGCUGCCUGGGCUUGUGAUCACUGAGAGAAGUGGCAAAUCAUAUGCUGAUAUUCCUGCUUCUGGGAAUCUGCAUUUGAAAACGUUGUUUCCAAUUUCUUUAUUUUUGUGAUGAACCAAUUUCACAACGGACAGGCAUGUGUAUUCUGGUCUAUUUUAGCGUGAUAAAAGAGUAUCGGUUAACAUUCAACUAGCAAUCUACUAACCCUAAACUUUAUCCUUACCCUAAACGUAACCCUUACCCUAACCUCUUAGUCUAAAACUAGUUAGUUAACACUAACCUUAGCAAGCAGUUAUAACCUUAGCAAGCAGUUGCUUAUCAACAGAUGGUAUAUCAACAGGUACUUUGUUGAUAGUAUGACCAUCUGUGGAGCAUCCAAGUAAUGUUCACAACUCUAUGUUCCGAUCACUGGUAUGCAUAAGUUGCAGACUACUUUUUUUCGUAUUCAUUUUUCUGUCCUUCAUCUGAACUAGUAUGAGUUAUAAUUGUUAUUGGACAUGUGUGGUAUUAUGUUUGCUCUAUAAGAGAGAGAACCUGCAUAUGGGUUUUUUGUUGUUGUUGUAAGAAACAAUAAAAUACUUUCACUACCAUGUCACAAAAAAAUGCAAUAAUAUAUUUUAACAUUAUUUACAUUGUGUGUGUACAAUCUUGACAAUUAUAUACAAAUAAAUAAUUUACAAAUAAAUAAUGUCUCCAUGGCAUCGUCACAGUUUUAAACAUAUCUUCCGCAGACAUUCUUUUUUUCUUGUCAAUAAACUGCUUCAUGUUG